GUCACUAUAUAGGUUCAGGCCCGGUUAGGUCCAUAAUAACACACAAAAUACAAAGUCACCUUACCCAGCUAUUGUUGAGCAUAGAAACAUACACACACAGACACAUCUAUAUAGAUUGUUCCUGAAAAAGGAUCCCCGGACAAGGACAUAAUGCCCCCGACACCCAGAACAAGUCGGGAGAAGGCCGAGAAGCAGCAGAAGGCAGAGUACGAGCUAAAAUGUGUGACCGAUUUUGAAAUGACCAAGAGGCUGGACAAUAUGCCCCGGGAUAUGGAUACCUUCUGGGUAACCGAUACCGCUACACCAAAAUCCCAUUUCAGUGGUCGGUCGGGGCUCAGUAAUCCCAAGUUUAACAAGGGAGUGGGGUUUACGUUCAACGAAAGGCGACUACUUUCCAUCCACGGAUUGCUUCCGGCUUCAGUUCAAACCAUUGACAUGCAGGUGAAGUGCUGCCAAUUAGUUGUGGCCUCUAUGAGUGGCCCAUUGCAGAGAUAUGCAUAUAUCAUGGUUUUGUCGCAAACGAAUAUCAGGCUCUUCUAUCGUUUUCUACUGAGCGAUAUCGAACUGUAUAUGCCAAUGAUAGAUGCCUCCAGUUAUCCCAAUUUGCUUGAAUACAACAAAAUGCUGAGUCCCAUUGGCAGGGGCUUGUACAUCACCAUCAAGGAUCUGGGACAUGUGCAUCAGGUGCUAAGCAAUUGGCCAAUUCGGCACGUUCGCUGCCUGGUGGUGAGCAAUGGAGCUUCUAUCCAGAGUUUCGGUGACUUGGGUAUCAAUCAGAUGCCGGCCCUCACCUCCGUAAUGCAUCAGAAUGUGGUCUAUAGCGGGAUUCAUCCGGAUUUUUGCCUCUGUGUGUUGCUGGAUUUGGGCACAAAUAACGAAGAACUCUUGAAGGAUAGAUUCUAUAUGGGAUUGAAGGAGCGUCGUCCGCCACAAAAACUUUACGAUGAGUUUUUUGAAGAGUUCACGAUGGCGGUUCUGCGAAUGUAUGGGUCACGUGCCCUGAUCCUAUGCAAGGACUUUGAAUCGCAAUAUGCCAAAAGGCAGCUGGAAAUGUAUCGGGAGCGUCAUUGCAUUGUGGAUGUGGACUUUCAGUGUAUGGCCGCCUGUGCUCUCUCCGCGAUAAUAGUGUGUAAUAAUGCUGUAAAGCGAGUGCUCUUCACAACGAAUAUGAUCCUGUUUUAUGGAGCUGAUCUCACAAAUGUGGGAAUGGCCAAAUUGUGCAUUGCCUAUCUGAAGAGGGAGGGCCUCAACGAGACCAGCGCCAGGCAAAGGAUAUGGUUUUGCGAUGCCGAAGGAUUAAUUGUGAUCGGCAGACCUAACAUACCCGAGGAGCUGCUGGAGUUCGCAAAUCCCCAUGAACCCAUUCCCACAUUGGUGGAGGCCAUACAGAAGUUGAAGCCAAAUGUCCUGGUCGGUGGUUGCUCUCAGGCCAAUGUCUUUACACCCGAUGUCCUUCGGGCCAUGGAGCAGAGUGCUCAGCAACCAAUAAUUUUUGCCUUGUCAAGACCCAUAAGUCUGGCUGAAUGCACACCGGAUGCAGCCUUUGCUUACACCAAAGGGCGAUGUGUCUUCAUCUCGGGAUCAAAGCUGCCGCCCAUCAAGUAUGCCAACAAGAUGUAUCAACCGGGAUACUGUAGUAGCCACAUCUUACUACCUGGCCUCACAUUGGGCGUAAUGCUUGCGGGCUUUACCACCGUUCCGGACGAGACUUUUUGCGUGGCCGCCGAGCGUUUGGCCCAUAUGGUUUGGCCAAAAGACUUGGCCAUGCGGAAUGUCUUCCCGCCGAUGAAAAAGAUUCAAUGCAUCAGCCUGCACCUGGCGGAGGCUGUGUUCACCUACGCCUUCCGUCGUGGCCUGGCAACAAUGUGGCCGCGUCCAGAGAAUCCCCUCGAGUACAUAAAGUCAAAGAUGUAUGAUUCCAGCUAUCGUAUACACGGCGAGGAUGUCUAUUGCAUGCAGGAGCGAAAGAUUGCUACCACGGAGUCUGAAAAUUACUACCAGCUUAGCAUUUAGAACCUAUACUUGCCACUAGACCAUUAUUAAAAGGGAACGAAGGACA